CCUUUCGCCUCGCGGCCGACGCGCUUUAAUUAAAACGCGCCCGAGCUUCUGUUGGGCUGCCUGUCAUCGCCUUUUAAAAAAUCCUUCCCGCUCCUGAGCAUGCGUCAAAAUGGAGCUCGUUGCACCUCCCUUCUCCGGCCGGCGCGUGACGUCAGAUGCGUGUUAGGCCCUGAAAUUUUUUUCCCGCCUGAACUCGCGCAGUUCAUAGACGGAGAGGGCCGUGGGAGAAUGUGCGCAUGCGCCUGGAAGGGAAGAGGAACAAAGUUAGAACAAGAUUAAGACAAACAUGUCAAUCAUCACAAUACAGCUUGGACAGUGCGGUAACCAGGUUGGCCGUGAGGUAUUCCAGGCAAUCUCCACAGAUCUCCACAGCACUCAUGGACUGUGUUCCAGAAAGGAAAACGAUGCCUAUCAGACAGCCUCCAAAGAGCGCUUUUUCAAUGAGGAGAAAACAGGAGUUCUAGUUGCUCGGGCAGUUCUUGUUGACAUGGAACCAAAAGUGAUUGGACAGACUUUAUCAGUGGCCUUGAAAUCUGGCAGCUGGAAAUAUGACCAUCAAUCACACUUCUGUCAAAAGCAAGGUUCAGGAAACAACUGGGCAAAUGGUUAUUGCAUUCACGGGCCCAAACACAAAGAAGCAAUCAUGGAUCUGGUACAGAAGGAGGCAGAGAAAUGUGACCGGCUGAGUGGAUUUCUGACGCUCUUGAGCAUGGCUGGUGGGACAGGGUCGGGCCUGGGAGCCUUUGUGACCAGAAGCUUAAGGGACGCUUACCCAACUUCGUUUCUGCUGAACCAUGUCGUCUGGCCCUACAGCCUGGGGGAGGUUAUCGUUCAAAACUACAACUCCGUCCUGACCCUCUCGCACCUGUACCAGACCUCAGAUGCACUCCUUGUUCACGAGAACGACGCCAUCCACAAGAUCUGUGCGCAGCUCAUGAACAUCAAGCAGAUCUCUUUCCAGGAUGUUAACCAAGUCAUUGCGCAUCAGCUAGGAAGCAUCUUCCAGCCAGCUUAUUCCUCUGACCGUGCCUUUCAGUAUAGCAGAAGUCCCCUAGGGGACCUGAUGGAAGCUCUUGUUCCUCAUCCCGAGUUUAAAAUGUUGGGUCUUCGGAACAUUCCACAGAUGUCUGAAAACUCUCUUGCCUUCAGCACUUUUGCCUGGCCCGGACUCUUGAAACACCUGAGACAGAUGCUGAUUGCUAAUGCCAAAAUGGAAGAAGGCAUUGAUUGGCAGGUGCGGCCACCACUCCUUGGGCUGCCUUCAUCCCAGAAACAGUCCCCAAACAGGACAGCACAUUUCAACACUUCCAUUGCGAACCUGAUUACCCUGCGAGGAAAAGACGUACAGGCUGCAGAUUUAGGAGGUUUCAGAGACCCUGCCUUGUACACCUCAUGGCUAAGUGCUCCGGAGGCCUUGACUACCUGGAAGACUCCGAGAACCUUUAACAAGUAUGAGAAGUCUGCGUCUUUGGUCAGCAACAGCCAGUUUUUACUGAAGCCCAUCGACGGUGUAGUGUCAAAGGCUUGGAAAAUGUUCGCUUCCAAGGCUUAUGUCCAUCGGUACACCAAGUUUGGGAUAGGAGAGGAAGACUUUUUGGACAGUUUCGCCACUCUGGAACAGGUUAUCGCCAGCUACACCAGCCUUUGACCAGUGUGGGACGCGCAUGGAUGGGCUGUGCAGGUCUGAUAGCCCAAAAAGGGAGAAAGAUGGAGGAGGAGCUCGAAAUCCACAUCAGAACCAAUCAAGGAGCAUGUUGAAGGGAAGCUUAGAUGGAAGAGCCUCACGGGCCACUUUUCCAUGAUUGAUGGUACUCUGCCAUACUUGCCACAUAUGUGGGGAAGUUCCAACACGCACAAGGAGUUCCAGGGCCCCAUUCUACACAGAAAGUAGCUCCAUCUGUUUCUUCCUUUUGAAAUUAACUCUGCAUGUUUCAAAAGCUGAAGAGGAUCUAGGAACAGGGAUCCAAGGCAGAAGCAGCUGUCUUAAGGCAUUUAAGCUGCAUUGUCUUAAGCUAUUCAGAUGCCCAUUUGAUCACAGGUAUGCUUUGUUCAGUCCUGAUUUUAUGCAUUUUUAUGUGUAGUAAAUUUAUUUUUCCAGCGA